AUGGUCUCCUACACUCCCAUCCGCAUGUCGGAAUUCAAGAGCAACUAUGGUCCUAAGUACGUUAUACCAGUCUACGAUCACCGAACAUCGAAUUCGAAGCGCACUGUCAAGGCAGAAGCAAACUACGACUCUCGAAAUUCUACGCAAGGGUACCAUGCUCAGCCCAACGUUGCAGGCUUCACCCCUCAGGCUGCCUUCCGAAUCGGCUCCCGUCUGGCUAUGUACGGUGCCCCCGCCGCUGUUGCUGUCCUCCUCUUCGCCAACGGUAUUCCCCGUGUGCAGCGUGACGUUCUCCAGAAGAUCCCUUUCCUUGGCAACUACUUCCGAAAGGAGAUCCACCCCGCCGACAACCCUUUCUAA